GCAAAUAAGCUAACUCUUAAUUGUGUGCAUUUGUGUUUAUAUAAAAGGGCUGCUAUCGUUCUGCGUACACAAAGGUCGAGGAAAGCACUAAAACUCCUCCCUCCAGCUGCCAUGGUUCGCCUGACUGUAGAUCUGAUUGUUAAAUCUAACAAUCGCCUUAAAUCCAAGACAAAGUCCUCAAUUCAAGGUUAUCUCAAGAAAUUAACGCAUAUCAACUUUUCAAACAAGAACAUUGAUGAUAUUGAUGACCUUUCCAUGUGCAGAAGCCUUACAGUUCUCUACUUGUAUGACAACCAGAUCACACGCAUCUGCAACCUGAAUUUUGCUUCUGCUCUCACACACUUGUAUAUGCAAAACAACAAGAUCACUCAGAUAGAGAACUUGUCAUGCUUGCGGAAGCUCUCCAAAUUGUUUCUUGGGGGCAACAACAUUACGCUGGUCGAGGGUUUGGAGCAAUUGAGAGAGCUGAAGGAGCUGCACAUUGAAGGCCAGAGGCUCCAACCAGGAGAGAAGCUGCUCUUUGACCCUCGUACCCUCCACGGCCUGUCGGGGUCAUUAUGUGUUUUGAAUAUUAACAACAACAACAUUGAUGAGAUACUGGAUCUGGCCAUUCUUAACAAACUGACACAUUUACAUGCUGCAGAUAAUCAGCUAGAUGAUAUACAGGAAUUGGAGAUGGUGUUUAGCCAAUGGCCUCAACUGCAUCAAAUGGAUUUGCAUGGAAAUCCUGUUUGUCAAAAACCUAAAUACAGAGACAGACUAAUAACUGCGUGUAAAAGCUUGGGAGAACUUGAUGGGAAGGAGAUAACCGAGGUGUCUAGGCAGUUCUUGAUCAAAUGGAAAGCCUCAAAAGACGCCAAGAAGAAAAUAACAGAUGGUAGAAACCUGACAGGACAGAUCACAUAUCCCUCUUCUGCUGACUUCCCCUUGAGCCCCAAACAUACCUUUGCCUAUUGCUCUGCUGGCUUUCUAGGGAAGAGAAAGCCACACUGGUUUGCAAGACCCACCAUGAAAAUGAGGUCAGGCGCAGUAUACCCAGAUUGCGGGGACAUAAGUGUGAAGAAUCAUGAAGACCCCCUGAGCACAGGACUAAUUACAGAUAUUCAAGAGACGAAAUUUCAGAGUCACAUGGCUCUUUGAGCUUCCUCUAGAAGAAACUUUGCGGACCUCUUGAACGUUUCCCAUGGCCUGCACCCCGCACACAGACGGUUCAUCAUGAGUGCAUGCGAAAUGGAUCUGAGCACUCACAAAAAAAUCAAAUCCACAGUAAUUGUCUGUCAGAAUGUCAAAAUGCCACUUUCGGAGCUGUAACACACUGACAGCAAGCGCUUCAUUCUUUACACUCGUACACUGCCUCUGUCUUCAAUCGGUAUAUUGACAGUUAGUUGAUCAAAAGA